GCUCGGAGCGCUCAGACCGCGGCCGCCGCAGCCGCGCAGCAGACAAACUCCCGCACGCCGGCGGCAUGCGCCUCGGCUAGCGGCCCCGGGCCCCGCACCGCCACGCGUCUCUCUCUCUGCCUCUCUCUGCCUCUCUCACACACACGCAGACACACGCACACGAUCUCAUAUCUAUACACUGGAGGAUUAGAAAAGAACAUUUCCUGCGCGCCCCCUCCCUCUCCAGCCUGCGAAGCAAAGGAGCCGCGCGGCGCGGGGCCCGGACCGUCUGGAAAUGCUCGAGCUAAAGCGCCUCCUCGCUUGCAUCCAGCUGCUGUGCGUUUGCCGCCUGGAUUGGGCUCAUGGAUACUACAGACAACAGAGAAAACUUGUUGAAGAGAUUGGCUGGUCCUACACAGGUGCACUGAAUCAAAAGAAUUGGGGAAAGAAAUAUCCAACAUGUAAUAGUCCAAAACAGUCUCCUAUCAAUAUUGAUGAAGAUCUUACACAAGUAAAUGUGAAUCUUAAGAAACUUAAAUUUCAAGGUUGGGAUAAAACAUCUUUGGAAAACACAUUCAUUCAUAACACUGGGAAAACAGUGGAAAUUAAUCUCACUAAUGACUACCGACUCAGCGGAGGAGUUUCAGAAAUAGUAUUCAAAGCAAGCAAGAUAACUUUUCACUGGGGAAAAUGCAAUAUGUCAUCUGAAGGAUCAGAACAUAGUUUAGAAGGACAAAAAUUUCCACUUGAGAUGCAAAUCUACUGCUUUGAUGCAGACCGAUUUUCAAGUUUUGAGGAAGCAGUUAAAGGAAAAGGGAAGAUAAGAGCUUUAUCCAUUUUAUUUGAGGUUGGAAUCGAAGAAAAUUUGGAUUACAAAGCAAUUAUUGAUGGAGUUGAGAGUGUUAGUCGUUUUGGGAAGCAGGCUGCCUUAGACCCAUUCAUAUUGUGGAACCUUCUGCCAAACUCAACUGACAAGUAUUACACUUACAAUGGCUCAUUGACAUCUCCUCCCUGCACAGACACUGUUAACUGGAUUGUUUUUAAAGAUACAGUUAGCAUUUCUGAAAGCCAGCUGGCUGUUUUUUGUGAAGUUCUAACAAUGCAACAGUCUGGUUAUGUCAUGUUAAUGGACUACUUACAAAACAAUUUUCGAGAACAGCAGUACAAGUUCUCUAGGCAAGUGUUUUCCUCAUAUACUGGAAAGGAAGAGAUUCAUGAAGCAGUUUGUAGUUCAGAACCAGAAAAUGUUCAGGCUGACCCAGAGAAUUAUACCAGCCUUCUUGUUACCUGGGAGAGACCUCGAGUAGUUUAUGAUACCAUGAUUGAAAAGUUUGCAGUUCUGUACCAGCAGUUGGAAGGAGAAGACCAAACCAAGCAUGAAUUUUUGACAGAUGGCUAUCAAGAUUUGGGUGCUAUCCUCAAUAAUUUACUACCCAAUAUGAGUUAUGUUCUUCAGAUAGUAGCCAUAUGCACUAAUGGUUUAUAUGGAAAAUACAGUGACCAGCUGAUUGUUGACAUGCCUACUGAUGACUCUGAACUUGAUCUUUUUCCUGAAUUAAUUGGAACUGAAGAAAUAAUCAAGGAGGAAGAAGAGGGAAAAUACAUGGAAGAAGACACUAUUGUGAAUCCUGGUAGAGACAGUGCCACAAACCAAAUUAGGAAAAAGGAACCCCAGAUUUCUACUACAACACACUACAAUCGCAUAAGGACUAAAUACAAUGAGGCCAAGACUAACCGAUCCCCAACAAGAGGAAGUGAAUUCUCUAGAAAAGGUGGAGUUCCCAACACCUCUUUAAAUUCCACUUCCCAACCACUCAGUGAGUUAGCCACAGAGAAAUCUAUUUUCUUAACUUCUCAGACGGUGACAGAACUGCCAUCUCACACUGUGGAAGGUACUUCAGCCUCUUUAAAUGACGGCUCUAAAACUGUUCUUAGAUCUCCACAGAUGAACUUGUCUGGGACUGCAGGAUCUCUAAAUGCCAUUUCUAUAACAGAAUAUCAAGAAGUAUCUACCGAUAUCAGUGAGGAAGACAAUUUGUUGACCAGUUUCAAGCUUGAUACUGGAGCGGAUGAUUCUUCAGGCUCCAGUCCCGCAACUUCCGCUAUGCCAUUCAUCUCUGAGAACAUGUCCCAAGGGUAUAUAUUUUCUUCAGAAAACCCAGAGGCAAUCACAUAUGAUGCUCUUAUACCAGACUCUGCAAGAAAUACUUCAGAAGAUUCACCUUCAUCAGGUUCAGAAGAAUCAUUAAAGGAUCCUUCUGUUGAUGGAAAUGUGUGGUUUCCUGUCUCUACAGAUAUGACAACGCAGCCCGAUGUCGGAUCAGGUAGAGAGAGCUUUCUCCAGACUAAUUACACUGAGAUACAUGUUGAUGAAUCUGAGAAGACAACUGAAUCCUUUUCUCCAGGCCCAGUGGCGUCACAGGGUCCCUCAGUCACAGAUAUGGAAAUGCCACUUUAUUCUACUUUUGCCUACUUCCCGACUGAGGUAACACCUCAUGCUUUUACUCCAUCCUCUGGACAACACGAUUUGGUCCCCACUGUCAACGUGGUACACUCGCAGACAACCCAACCGGUAUACAAUGGUGAGACACCUCUUCAACCUUCCUACAGUAGUGAAGUCUUUCCUCUAGUCACCCCUUUGUUGCUUGACAAUCAGACCCUCAACACUACCCCUGCUGCUUCGAGUAGUGAUUCGGCCUUGCAUGCUACGCCUGUAUUUCCCAGUGUUGAUGUGUCCGUUGAAUCCAUCCUGUCUUCCUAUGAUGAUGCACCUUUGCUUCCAUUUUCCUCUGCUUCCUUCAGUAGUGAAUUGUUUCGCCAUCUGCAUACGGUUUCUCAAAUCCUUCCACAAGUUACUUCAGCUACUGAGAGUGAUAAGGUGUCCUUGCAUGCUUCUGUGCCAGUGGCUGGGGGUGAUUUGCUAUUAGAGCCCAGCGUUGCUCAGUAUUCUGAUGUGGUGUCCCAUCAGACCACUACUCAUGCUGCUUCAGAGACAUUGGAAUUUGGUAGUGAAUCUGGUGUCCUUUAUAAAACAUUUAUGUUUUCUCAAGUUGAACCACCCAGCAGUGAUGCCAUGAUGCAUGCACGUUCUUCAGGGCCUGAACCUUCUUAUGCCUUAUCUAAUAAUGAGGGCUCCCAACACAUCUUCACUGUUUCUUACAGUUCUGCAAUACCUGUGCAUGAUUCUGUUGGCGUAUCUUAUCAGGGUUCCUUAUUUAGCAGCCCUAGCCACAUAUUGAUGCCUAAGUCUUCGUUAAUAACCCCAACUGCAUCAUUACUGCAGCCUACUCAUGCCCUCUCUGGUGAUGGAGAGUGGUCCGGAGCCUCCUCUGAUAGUGAAUUUCUUUUACCUGACACAGAUGGGCUGACAGCCCUUAACAUUUCUUCACCUGUUUCUGUGGCUGAAUUUACAUACACAACAUCUGUGUUUGGUGAUGAUAAUAAGCUGCUUUCUAAAAGUGAAAUAAUAUAUGGAAAUGAGACUGAACUACAAAUUUCUUCUUUCAAUGAGAUGGUUUACCAUUCUGAAAGCACAGUCAUGCCCAACAUGUAUGAUAAUGUAAAUAAGUUGAAUGCAUCUUUACAAGAAACCUCUGUUUCCGUUUCUAGCACAAAGGGUAUGCUUCCAGGGUCUCUUGCUUAUCCUGACACUAAGGUUUUUGAUCAUGAGAUUAGUCAAGUUCCAGAAAAUAACUUUUCAGUUCAACCUACACAUACUAUAUCUCAAGCAUUCGGUGACAUUUCGCUUAGACCUGUGCUUAGCGCAAACUCAGAGCCAGCAUCCUCUGACCCUGCUUCUAGUGAAAUGUUAUCUCCUUCAAGUCAGCUCUUAUUUUAUGAGACCUCAGCUUCCUUUAAUACUGAAGUAUUGCUGCAACCUUCCUUUCAGGCUUCUGUUGUUGAUACCUUGCUUAAAACUGUUCUUCCAGCUGUGCCUAGUGAUCCAAUAUUGGUUGAAACCCCCAAGGUUGCUAAAAUUAGUCCUACAAUAUUGCAUCUCAUGGUAUCAGAUUCUGCUUCAAGUGAAAACAUGCUGCACUCCACAUCUGUACCAGUUUUUGAUGUAUCACCUACUUCUGAUAUGCACUCUGCUUCACUUCAAGGUUUAACCAUUUCUUACACAAGUGAGAAAUAUUUUGAACCAGUUUUGUUUAAAAGCAGAAGUUCCCAGCAAGUGGUACCUUCUUUGUACAGUAAUGAUGAGUUGUACCAAACUGCCAAUUUGGAGAUUAACCAGGCCUAUCCCCCAAAAGGAAGGCAUGCAUUUGCUACUCCUGUUUUAUCCAUUGCUGAACCACUAAAUACACUAAUAAAUAAGUUUAUAUAUCCUGAUGAAAUUUUCACCUCCACCAAAAGUUCUAUUACUGAUGAGGGAUUUGCUGGUAUUCCAACGGUUGUUUCUGAUACAUUUGUAGCUACUGAUCCUUCUAUUCCUUUAGGAAAUGGGUAUGUUUCCAUUACAGCUGUUUCUCCCAACAGUGAUGUAACCACAACUAAAGUGCUGUUUCCUUCCAAAGCAACUUCUAAGCUGACUCAUAGUGCCAGAUCUGAUGCCGAUUUAAUAGGGGGUGGUGAAGAUGAUAUUGAUGAUGAUGAUGAUGAUGAUGAUGAUUAUGAUGACAGAAAUAGUGAUGGCUUAUCCAUAAAUAAGUGUAUGUCAUGCUUAUCCUAUAGAGAAUCACAGGAAAAGGUAACAAAUGAUUCAGACACCCAGGAAAACAGUCUUGUGGAUCAGAAUAACCCAGUCUCACAUUCACUUUCUGAGAAUUUUGAAGAAGAAAAUAGAGACACAGUUGUAACCUCAGACAGUCAAACUGGUAUGGACACAAGUCCUGAUAAAUCACCACCAGCAAUUGGGCUACCCCAAAAGCAUAAUGAUGGAAAAGAGGAAAAUGACAUUCAGGCUGGUAGUGCUGUGCUUCCUUUCACCCCUGAAUCUAAAGCAUGGGCAGUUCUGACGAGUGAUGAAGAAAGUGGAUCAGGGCAAGGUACCUCAGAUAGCCUUAAUGAUAAUGAGACUUCCACAGAUUUCAGUUUUCCAGACACUAAUGAAAGAGAUGCUAAUGGGGUCCUGGAAGCAGGUGACUCAGAAACAACUCCUGGAUCCUCAAGGUCCCUGACACCAUCUGUUACUAGCAGGCACUCAGAAGUGUUCAACGUUUCAGAGGCAGAGGCCAGUAAUAGUAGCCAUGAGUCUCGUAUUGGUCUAGCUGAGGGGUUGGAAUCCGAGAAGAAGGCAGUUAUACCCCUUGUGAUCGUGUCAGCCCUGACUUUUAUCUGUCUAGUGGUUCUUGUGGGUAUUCUCAUCUACUGGAGGAAGUGCUUCCAGACUGCACAUUUUUAUUUAGAGGACAGCACUUCCCCUCGAGUAAUAUCCACACCUCCAACACCUAUCUUUCCAAUUUCAGAUGAUGUUGGAGCAAUUCCAAUAAAGCACUUUCCAAAGCAUGUUGCAGACUUACAUGCAAGUAAUGGGUUCACUGAAGAAUUUGAGACACUGAAAGAGUUUUACCAGGAAGUGCAGAGCUGUACUGUUGACUUAGGUAUUACAGCAGACAGCUCCAACCACCCAGACAACAAGCACAAGAACCGAUACAUAAAUAUCGUUGCCUAUGACCAUAGCAGGGUUAAGCUUGCACAACUUGCUGAAAAAGAUGGCAAACUGACUGAUUACAUCAAUGCCAAUUAUGUUGAUGGCUACAACAGACCAAAAGCUUACAUUGCUGCCCAAGGUCCACUGAAAUCCACAGCUGAAGAUUUCUGGAGAAUGAUAUGGGAGCAUAAUGUGGAAGUCAUUGUCAUGAUAACGAACCUUGUGGAGAAAGGAAGGAGAAAAUGCGAUCAGUACUGGCCUGCCGACGGUAGUGAAGAGUAUGGGAACUUUCUGGUCACUCAGAAGAGCGUUCAAGUCCUUGCCUAUUAUACGGUGAGGAAUUUUACUCUAAGAAACACAAAGAUAAAAAAGGGCUCCCAGAAAGGAAGACCCAGUGGGCGUGUGGUCACCCAGUAUCACUACACGCAGUGGCCUGACAUGGGGGUGCCAGAGUACUCACUGCCCGUGCUGACCUUCGUGAGAAAGGCAGCCCAUGUCAAGCGCCAUGCAGUGGGGCCUGUUGUCGUCCACUGCAGUGCUGGAGUUGGAAGAACAGGCACGUAUAUUGUGCUAGACAGUAUGUUGCAGCAAAUUCAACACGAAGGAACUGUCAAUGUAUUUGGCUUCUUAAAACACAUUCGCUCACAAAGAAAUUAUUUGGUACAAACUGAGGAACAGUAUGUCUUCAUCCACGAUACACUGGUUGAGGCCAUACUUAGUAAAGAAACCGAGGUGGCGGACAUUCAUAUCCAUGCCUAUGUCAACGCGCUCCUCAUUCCUGGACCAACAGGCAAAACGAAACUGGAGAAGCAGUUCCAGCUCCUGAGUCAAUCAAAUAUACAGCAGAGUGACUAUUCUACAGCCCUAAAGCAAUGCAACAGGGAAAAGAACAGAACUUCUUCCAUCAUCCCUGUGGAAAGAUCGAGGGUUGGCAUUUCGUCCCUGAGUGGGGAAGGUACAGACUACAUCAAUGCCUCCUAUAUCAUGGGUUAUUAUCAGAGCAAUGAAUUCAUCAUCACCCAACAUCCCCUUCUCCAUACCAUCAAGGAUUUCUGGAGGAUGAUAUGGGACCAUAAUGCCCAGCUGGUGGUUAUGAUUCCUGAUGGCCAAAACAUGGCAGAAGAUGAAUUUGUUUACUGGCCAAAUAAAGAUGAGCCUAUAAAUUGUGAGAGCUUUAAGGUCACUCUUAUGGCUGAAGAACACAAAUGUCUUUCUAAUGAGGAAAAGCUUAUAAUUCAAGACUUUAUCUUAGAAGCAACACAGGAUGAUUACGUACUUGAAGUGAGGCAUUUUCAGUGCCCCAAAUGGCCAAAUCCAGAUAGCCCCAUUAGUAAAACUUUUGAACUUAUAAGUAUUAUCAAAGAAGAAGCUGCCAACAGGGAUGGACCCAUGAUUGUUCAUGAUGAGCACGGAGGAGUGACCGCAGGAACUUUCUGUGCUCUGACAACCCUUAUGCACCAACUAGAAAAAGAAAAUUCCAUGGAUGUUUACCAGGUAGCCAAGAUGAUCAAUUUGAUGAGGCCAGGAGUCUUUGCUGACAUUGAGCAGUAUCAGUUUCUCUACAAAGUGGUCCUCAGCCUUGUGAGCACAAGACAGGAAGAGAAUCCAUCCACCUCUCUGGACAGUAACGGUGCGGCAUUAGCUGAUGGAAAUAUUGCUGAGAGCUUAGAGUCUUUAGUUUAACACAGAAAGGGGUGUGGGAGCCCACAUCUGAGCUUUGCUUUCCUCUUUCUAAAAUUACACAGGAAAAUCAGUCUAGUUCUGUUAUCUGUUUACUUCCCAUCACCUGACAGUAACUUACAUGACAUAGGAUUCUGCUGCCAAAUUUACGUCAUUAACAAUGUGUGCCUUUUUGCAAGACUUCUUGUAAUUCACUUCUUAUGUUUGAACUAAAAUGAUUGAAUUUUACAGUAUUUCUAAGAAUGGACUUGUGGUACUUUUUUCUGUAUUGAUUUUAACAGGAAAUUUCAAUGUAUCGGUAUUAGGAAUUCCCAACUACACAAAACGUUUGUUUUUAGUGUCAAAUUUUUAGCUGUAUUUGUAGCCAUCAUCAGAUUUACUAGAAUUAUAACUUUUAAUAUAGUAGACUGUAAAUAAAAUACUGCUCCCUAUGAUAUGCAGCAUUUUACAACUGUAGUCUUCACCUAAAGUAGAAAUAAUCUGAUACUUACUGUAAAUACUGCUCUAGUGUCUCCAUGGACCAAAUUUAUAUUUAUAAUUGUAGAUUUUAUAUUUUACUACUGAGUCAGUUUUCUAGUUCUGUGUAAUUGUUUAGUUUAAUGAUGUAGUUCAUUAUCUAUUCUUACUCUACAAGUCUUCUGAUAUUGUAUUGUGUUAUCUAAGUGAUUAACUCUGUUUCAGCAUGUAAUUUUAACUUUUGUGAAAAAUAGAAAUUCAUUUGUUUUAAAAGAUGUUUUUAUGAGAAUAACACCUUACCAAACAUUGUUCAAAUGGUUUUUAUCCGAGGAAUUGCAAGAAUAAAUAUAAAUAUUGCCAUCAA